AAAGUAAACGGGCUAAACAGUGGUGGCAGCCGCAUGCUGCCCUCCAGGACAGAGACGACCCCAUCGCCUGCAAACAGUUCUGGGAAUGGACACCCAGAGUACAUUGCUUAUGCGCUCGUCCCUGUGUUCUUCAUCAUGGGUCUCUUUGGCGUCCUUAUCUGCCACCUGCUUAAGAAGAAAGGCUAUCGUUGCACCACAGAGGCUGAGCAAGAUGUUGAACAGGAAAAGGUUGAAAAGAUAGAGCUGAAUGACAGCAUAAAUGAAAAUAGCGACACGGUUGGGCAGAUUGUCCAUUACAUCAUGAAAAAUGAAGCAAAUGUGGAUGUUUUGAAGGCGAUGGUAGCAGACAACAGUCUGGUUGAUGCUGAAAGCCCCUUGACUCCUACCACCCCUGGGAGCCCUGUGAGUCCUGGGCCCUUGUCACCAGGAGCCACACCAGGGAAGCAUAUCUGUGGCCACCAUCUGCACACUGUGGGCGGAGCUGUGGAACGAGAUGUGUGUCAGAGGUGCAGGCACAAGCGAUGGCACUUCAUAAAACCCACCAGCAAGUCCAGAGAGGCUCGGCCACGACGCCAAGGGGAAGUCACAGUCCUCUCUGUGGGCAGAUUUAGAGUCACAAAAGUGGAACACAAGCCAAACCAGAAGGAUCGGAGAAGCUUGAUGUCUGUUAGCGGGAAUGAAAGUGUCAAUGGGGAGGUGCCUGUGACACCUGUGAAGAGAGAUCGAAGUGGUACGGAGUAGCAGCUCUCCCACAGAGACAACAGAUUCUGCCUUCAGGGUUUGGCUUGCAUGAUCUUGAGCCUGGAGGGCACAAAUGGUACAGCAGCAUGGAAUGCUGGGGACUGGACUGAGCUAGAAACCACAAGGCAGGAAGUGUCUUCUUAUAAAAAAAAAAAAAAAA